AUGACCGGCGCCAAAACACCCAAGCCCAUAUUCCCAGCUGAGGCCGCAUCCAAGGAGUACGCUGCCUCUCUCGAUGCAGCAGACCCUCUUCGGGAGUUCCGGGACAAGUUCAUCAUUCCUUCCAAGGCCAAUCUCGCGACGAAGAAGCUGGCGAAACCAGGGCUCUCAUCUGAGCCAAGCAUCUACCUUUGCGGCAACUCUCUGGGCAUCCAGCCCAAGGCUGUUGCGAAGUAUAUGGAAGCGCAGCUGGACACCUGGUCUUCAAUUGGGGUGUGUGGCCACUUCACAGAUCUCGAAGAUUCUCCAAUGAAGCAGUGGCAAUUGUUGUCAGAACAGGCAGCCGAGUCCAUGUCGAAGAUUGUGGGGGCGGCGCCCGCAGAGGUUGCUGCAAUGGGCACCUUGACUGGGAAUCUUCACCUGUUGCUGGCUAGCUUCUAUAGGCCGACUGCGACGAAAAGGAAGAUUUUAAUGGACUGGAAGGCAUUUCCCAGUGAUCAUUAUGCCGUCGAGUCGCACAUUGCCUGGCACGGACUGGACUCGAAUGAGAACAUGGUCCUGAUUGGUCCAGACGAAGGCACAUACGUAAUCUCGACGGAGAAGAUUCUGUCCUAUAUCGACCAGCACGCGGAUGAGGCGGCACUCCUCCUUCUCCCGGGUAUCCAGUACUAUACGGGGCAACUGUUCGAUAUUCCGCAAAUCACCAAGUACGCACAGUCGCACAAUCUCACCGUCGGGUGGGACCUGGCGCAUGCGUACGGCAACGUCGAGGUGAAGCUGCACGAGUGGAAUGUAGACUUUGCCGCUUGGUGCACGUACAAGUACGGCAAUGCUGGACCCGGGGCGAUGGCCGGUCUCUUUGUGCACGAAAAGCAUGGUCAGGUGGAUUACAGCGCUGGCGAAGAUUCUCCAAAGUUCCGCCACCGGUUGACGGGAUGGUAUGGGGGCGACCGAUCCGUAAGAUUCAAGAUGGACAAUAAAUUCAAGCCCAUCCCCGGAGCCGGGGGCUUUCAGCUCUCAAACCCCUCAGUCAUCGACCUCACCACUCUGUGUGCUGCCUUGUCAGUGUUUGAUCAGACCUCGAUGGCAGAACUGCGCCAGAAGUCGAUCAAGCUCACAGCAUAUCUGGAAUACCUGUUGCUGAAGGAUGCUACCGACGAGACGCGCCUGUUUGACAUCAUCACCCCGGCUGACGCCCAUGCGCGCGGUGCUCAGUUGAGUCUCUUGCUCAAGCCUGGACUGUUGCACAAGGUCUCGCAGCGGCUGCAGGAUGCGGGGAUCAUUUGCGAUAAGAGAGAGCCUGGGGUUGUUCGUGUGGCACCGACGCCACUGUACAACACAUUCUCUGAGGUGUGGAAGUUUGUCGAGGAGCUUAAGAUUGCUCUGGCUUCGUGA